CUUUCAGCCUCUGUAAUCUUCAAUUCAGACUGAUGACAGAAAUUCCAGAUGACUGCUUCUCCAGUACUCUUAAGCUAUGAGGAGGAUGAAAGGAAGAAAGAGGGGAUGUUUCUUACCUUUAACCUUUAUCGUGCUGUUUGUCUGUAUCACUGGGCAUGCAGCUGAUGACUCUGAUGAUGGGGAAGAAGAGGAUGUUCUGGGUGUUCCUUUACCACCACUGAAACUGGGGCAUUCAGACUGUGCCCUGAAAGCAGAUGAAGGUCCUUGCAAAGCAAUCCACAUGCGCUAUUACUUCAACAUUCAGAGCCGUGAGUGUGAAAUCUUUGAAUAUGGUGGAUGCCACGGCAAUGCGAACAACUUUCUAACUUUGGAAGAAUGUCAGAACAAAUGUGUGGUAACAGAAUUGCCUCUGGAGGUGAUGCUAGCAAAAAUUAAGAGAGAAAAGCCCAACUUCUGUUAUCAUGAAAAAGACCCUGGAAUCUGCCGAGGCUUUUUUUCCAGGUAUUUCUAUAACAAAGAGACAAAAGUAUGUGAAAUAUUCAAGUAUGGUGGGUGCCUAGGAAACCAGAACAACUUUAGGAGUUUGGAAGAAUGCCAGACUACCUGCCAAGGCAACCCAAACUUACUGUCACUUGUUCCAGAUGAGGAACAUCCUGACCGUAUGAACAGUAGCUCCCCAGAGGAAGAACACAGUCAGUUUCCUGAAAUUUUUGUAAAUUUGUUGCCAACUGCUCCAAAUGAGGGAGAGUCCCAUACUGUGAACAGCAGUUACCCAGAGGAAGAGCGCAAGCGAUUUCCCAGUUCUUUUGUUAUGCAAGAGGAAACACGAAACAAUUGGGAAAAGACUGAGCAUUCUUACCAAGUAUUCCUGUUUGUUCUUUUUUUGCAUUUACUUAUUGUACUUUUGGGUGUUGAAUGAUGGUUUGAGAUUGAUCAAUGCUUUUGUGUAUUAUACAGUCUGUGAGAUAAUGAGCAUGUGGAAUAACAUUUCUGUGCUCCUUGAUAGAAUCAUGUCUAACAAAUUUUGAAUGUAUGAUAUAUUCUAAUUUUUUUGCUUGUACUUUGAUGAUGUACAGUUGGUUUGAGGUAAGUUUCUGAGAUAGCUGGAUUUUUUCCACAUGCGAAACAUCAAUGCACUCUGCUAUUAAAAUGACUGAAUAUAAAACAAUAAGCCUCUUGGCAGCUUAUUUUACUGAAAAAUAUUUGCAUAAUUUAAGACCUGGUAAUAAAUCUACUGAUACAGGAUUGUACCUGCUCUCAGAUUUUUACUCAUAAUAUGAAAUCCCCAGAUCCACAAAGCAACUAACUUAUAAAAGCAAAGAGACAUUAUUCACUGUGUUUUCUCUGAGAAAACUGGAGAAAAAAGGAAAAAAAAAGUUCUUGGUUAUAUCAGCAAUGGUGAAUUUUGAGGUAAAGCAGAUGGUCAGAGAGACUGGAAGGCUAGUGGAAGAAAGGCUGCAGUAACAAGGGUAGAUAGAGUCGAUGUAGUGGAAAACAUGAAAUUGGAAGGAUUGAUGAAAUUCAGUAGAAAAUAUGAAGACCUUACCUUCUUCUCUACUUCGUAAUCUUUGCCUGUCUUGCACCAGGCAGCACCUGAAGUUGCAAAGUAGAGCUGUUUCACACAAAUAUGCACUUUCCAUAGACCUCUGUGAGGGAUGAGAAUAUAGUUGUACACAUACAAGGUUCAGAUGGGCUGCUUGGGGUGGAGUGUCUGAUUCUUGUCUUCUCAAGCACAGAUGAAGUAGCUGAUCUGCUACCAAAACAUAUCUUGUGUGUUUGUUGGUCUGGCUAUGUAUUUUCUUUUUUUAAAAAUACUUGACUUUAAAUAAAUAAAUAAAUAAAAUCCAAGGACUUAUCAAUUUGAGAACACCUCACAAUGCAAUUGAAAUGCUUUUCCUGUUGAUUUCAAGAAAAAAAAAAAAAAAACAUAUUAUUGAUGGUAUGUAUAACUCUACCAUAAUAUCAAAUUAAUAUAUUUCCAGAAAAAUUCUUCAUCUUUAGAAGAUAAAGUUUUUCCAAGGCCAAAAGAAACUGGUGUUUUGGCAUGUAAACAUAAGACUAGUGCUCUCUCCCAGCAGUUAACUUUCUUGCAGAGAGUCAAUAUAUUUCUGAUGUCAUCUAAAACAGAUUCUAAGGAUGUGAAAGUAAAGGCAAGAAUCAAGACUCUUAUUUCUAGAUCAAGUGAAGUGACCUAUGGAAAUUAGGAGUGCUGUAUAGUACAUUCAGCUUGUGAAAUCUAAGUGGGAUGUAAGAUCAAAUGUCAGCUUUCCACUCAGUAAGUAUGAAAUGGCAGAAAGAAGCAGCUCCUAUUCUUAUUUCUUAAAGUCAGGGCCAUAUCUUCUGCUGAUAUAAAUUGACACAGCUCUAUUUGCUUUAAUGGUUCUGCACCAAUUUAUGCCUAGAGAAUACUGUUAAGUGGAGAUGACUCAUUAUUGUUUGUAGCAGUUUGUGUACUUGAAAAGUGUUUUAUUAUCCCUCUGCUGUAAUUGGAAUGAGAAACUGAAGUCUGAAUAUUUAAAAAAACUGGCAGUAAGUCUGAAGUUUCACGUAUGCCACAAUCCUGUGUUUAGUGAGAUUAUGGAGUAAGUCUUAUUUUCAUCUAGCUCAUGAAGAUCAUUUCAAACGUCUUUAAUAUUAUAAUUAAUUAACAGUUCAUUGUCACACAUUUCAACCCCAGAGAAGCCUGAGAUAAAGUGCUUUUUGUUGCAAAUUAAGUUUGAGAUUUUUUUUUUAAUAAAUACGAGUCCAUAUCUAAAUGUAAAUGUUUCAUAAAUUCCUUAGUAUGACCAUAUCUCUUGUUUACAUCAGAGGGAGGGCUGUCUGGGAUUCAAGAAAAGACAUUAUUUUAAGACUUGUAUUUUAAACUGUGAGCUUUAAAAGAUUUCUGGGUAACAACUUGUAGGAAGCUGUUGGAUGUCAUUCACCUAUAUGAAUUCUGAAUUCUUUUUUGCCAUGCCCAUUCGUGACCUGACUUUUAUCACAUAUUUUUUGCACAUAAUAUGCAUAGUUAAUCUAAGGUUAUGAUCUUAGUAUUGAGUAUUUAAAACCUAUUUAAAUGAGAUAUUUUGGAUAAACAGAACAGGAUGAACACAAGCAUGAAGACAGUCUUAUGGCCUUGUUGAUGUCAGUGCAAAUAUUGGUUUGAUUUUUUUAUGAAAUGAAUCAAUUGCCAUAGGAUCGGCUAUGUGACUCCAUACAUAAUGAAGUUAGAAAGCAUUUCAUGACAUUUGUUACUUUGUGGCUUCGUAUGAUCCAAAAGAUGUUGAUGUGUUGGCAUGUGGAAUGUAAUAAAUAAUGCUAAAUGCAGUGUAAAAAUGGUAUUGGUAAAGCACAAUCUAAACUGAGAGCAAAGUAAAUUAAAAAAAAACACUUCUAUCUGGACUAAUCUCUCAAUGAACUUGACAUCUGUAAUUAACUCAUACAAAUUUAAUGAUUACAUUAGGGGAAAAUAUUUCUGGAAGUGGGAUAUGUGUUGGCAGUUUUUGUUUGUUUUUAUUGUUUUUAAUAUAUAUCCCUUAGUCUCUGCAAUUUCAUCAUUUGUAGGAUUUGCUUAUUUCUUUUUUUUUCCUCAUAGAAAAGCCAGGAGAUAAAAACCAUUUCAACAAUUUUCAGAAUUUUGCUAUAUGACAAAAUUAAGAGGUUUUCUUCAUGAGUUGAUUGCUUCUGUCAGUAUGAAAAAUAUGCAGAUACUUUGCAGAUGAGCAGAAAUAAUGUUUUAGCGUCUUGGGCAUUUUUCUGCUGAUCUAAACAAUAAUAUUUUUAGGAACAGUACAAAUUUAGAAACAAAAUACAAUACGUAAUCUUUAGAAACAGGGAUUCUGAAAAGCAUUUGGAUGCCACUCUGCCAGUUGCUUUAUACAUACUAUAGAAAGUCCUUACUUAUCAGUUACCAAAGCUCCAAAAGCUUUAAUUGUUGAGAACCCCUGCAUGAGGGGACUUGGGAAUCUCUCUAGAAAAUCUACAUACCAGACAAGGAGUUUGUAUUACAAGUAUAUAUUUCAAUUCUAUUAUAAUUAACAAAACAAUUUAAUUUACCUCCUUCAUCACUGGAAAACCUUUGUAUUGCUAUAAAAUAGGUAAGCACAUUUUGUUGUGUUGGGUGGCUUUUUUUUCUUGAUGUUUCAAAAAAUUUAUUUUGAAUAUUAGUUUCCUUCCAGCUACGGUGUCAUGAAAAAAUCAGCCUUCUGUGAAUGGUAAAAACAGCAGCCCUAAAAUCACCAGCAUUGCAGUUGUUUUGAGCACUUAAAUCUUUGCAUUCAAUCAUUUGUUUUUCUGCAAGUUAGAAGCAUUUUCGUGAUGAUUGCUCGGCAUUCUCCAAUAGAACAAACUUUGUUACUUAGGUCAAGCUUUCUAUAUUCUUAAAAAAAAAAAAAA